CAUCGUAUUUUUCUUACCCGCACAUCUUCCUAUAAUAAUACCCCCUCCACCUCCCUCAACUUCUUCAUUUCUUCAGUUCUUGUUCUGUUCUUCUCUCCUUGUCCCUUUGCUACACACACCACUUUUUUGUUUUUCGAACCUCAGUUCCAUCCUCCGGUUAUCGGUUUUUGUUCGCUAAGCAUAUCUUGGCUCAUCUAACUCUGCCUCUGCAUACCCAAUUUCCAUCCCAAAAGAAUUUUGCGAAAAAUCUCUUCAAUUUAGUUUCUUACCCUCUAUGAACAUUGGCAGCAUAUAAGUCUCUGCUCAGUUGUAGUUCAUAACCUGGCUUUCUUCAUUUCCUUUGUUCCUUAGCAACACAUUUAUAAAAGCCCAUCAAAUCAUGUAAUUAUUUCCAUUCCUUCCUCCCCAGAAUAACCACCAAAAAAAAAAAAAAAAAAAAAAUUGUAGUAUUAUUUUAUAUGUAUCACAUAUAAUUAUCCUUAGUUACCUGGUUUUGUUCUUCACUCUGGCCUAUCUCCAACCAACAGUGUAGCAAUACCUUUAUAAAAAUCACAAAAAUAUGUAAUAUUUUUCUUCAUAACAUCCCAAUUUCCCCCCCAAAAAAAAAAAAAAAAAAUUUCUUCUUUUUUAAAUUUUGUGUAGCUAGCUUUUUGUUAAUUUAUCAGAGUGAAAGUAAGGAAAUGCCGGAAUCUGCACCUGGGACGCCGGCGUCGGCGCCGCCAACGCCGGGGACGCCGGCGCCGCUGUUCUCAAACCACCCGCGGGUGGACUCGCUGUCGUAUGAUAGGAAGUCAAUGCCACGUUGCAAGUGCUUUCCAAUGGGGGCUCCAACUUGGGGUGAACCUCCUCAUUCUUGCCUCAACGGCUUCCCUGCUCCCGAUGUCAGUCUCACCCGAAAGCUAGGAGCGGAGUUUGUAGGAACGUUCAUCCUGAUAUUCGUGGCAACAGCAGGGCCGAUUGUGAACCAAAAGUACAACGGAGCAGAGACGCUGAUCGGGAACGCGGCAUGCGCAGGACUGGCGGUGAUGGUGGUGAUUCUGUCGACGGGCCACAUCUCGGGGGCCCACCUCAACCCAUCACUCACCAUUGCCUUUGCGGCCCUCCGCCACUUCCCGUGGGUCCAAGUUCCCGGCUACGUGGCUGCUCAAGUCUCCGCCUCCAUUUGCGCAUCAUUCGCUCUCAAAGGCGUAUUCCAUCCCUUCCUGGCCGGUGGAGUUACGGUUCCGGGUCCUUCUGCCACCACCGCCCAGGCUUUCGCUUUGGAGUUCAUCAUCACCUUCAAUCUCCUCUUUGUUGUUACUGCUGUUGCCACUGACACCCGCGCCGUCGGCGAAUUGGCGGGUAUAGCUGUUGGAGCUACUGUCAUGCUCAACAUUCUUAUUUCUGGGAAUACAAGUGGAGGUUCAAUGAAUCCAGUGAGGACACUAGGCCCAGCAGUUGCAGCGGGAAACUACAAGCAACUGUGGAUAUACCUGGUGGCACCAACACUUGGUGCACUCGCCGGUGCUGGUGCCUACACCGUUGUGAAGCUGCGAGGAGAAGAUCCUGAAUUGCCACGCCAAGUCAGGAGCUUCCGUCGCUAAGCCUCCAGUACUAGCUGCUGCAGUAUAUUAUUCAUAAAAAUAAAAUCAUAAAGGACAAUGUUUGCAGUUUGAUUAUAUAUGUAUGUGGUUUUGUCGUUUUGUUAUUGUGAUAUGGUGACGUUUUUCAGAAUUUCUUAUUAGGAGAGAAUAAUAAAAGCCACUGCAGGGACAUGAUCUAAUGUUUUCCUUGUGAAAGUGGUGGGAAAUGUACUACAAAAUGUGGUGUGUCUGAGUCUGGUUUGGUGUCCUUUCAUUUCACAGGCUCCAAUCUCCUCCUAUACUCAACACUCUCGAGGUUGGAACUUGGAAAUUUAGGCCACUACUGUUUGAGUGACAAGGCAUUAUAUAUAUAUAUACAUAUGUAUGCAAUGCCCUUGGUUUGUCUUUUUUUUUUUUGGGGGUGACUCUGUCUGUAUACAUAAUAAUAUGUUCGCUGGAUGGUUUAUAAUAAAGUUGCUGGAUGGUUUGUAAUAAA